AUGGAUGCUGAUGUCGAUGUGAUCGACAUCGAAGAUGAUGGUCAUGACGACGAUGCUGGUUAUUUAAGCAUCGCCAACGACUGCUACAGCAUCGACGAUGGCGCCACUACUGAUGAAGACUAUUUUCUUUUAGCAGAGCGCUUGGUGUGA